UCUCUCUCUCUCUCUCUCUCUCUCUCUCUCUCUCUCCCUCAACCCUCUCGUCCUCUCAAGAUUUUUUCCCUAACCAUUAGAUUAACUUUUGUAGGGUUUUUUUCGUUUCCUAAUUCAUGUACCCUCCUAAGUCCUCUAAGUCCUCCGCUCCAGACGGCGUCGACUCCGAUAUCAACCAAUAUGAAUCAGCCGCUGGAGCCACCCGUGAUUUCUCCUCUCUUGGCCCUCAAACCCACCAUCCUCUGCCUCCGCCGCGGCAGCAGCAGCACAAUCCCAACGUCGUUGGCCAUUACAUCUCAGGCGAACCAUCUUCCGUCGGAUUUGAUUCCGGAGCUUCUUCUUCUUCUUUGUUCCGACACAGAAGCUCUCCGGCUGGAUUCUACGACCAGCAUCUUCCCACUGAUCCCAACGGUUUUUCUCUAGGACGGCCGAACGGAGGAUACGGCGGCGGUGGAGGAGGAGGAGGAGAGAGAGGGCCGUCGAGGUUGAAGUCGGAGCUAAGAUUCUCCGGCGGGAGUAGUAGUCAUCAAGAACAUAAUUCCCUACCGCGAAUCUCGGAAGUUGAAGCGGCUGCGGCGGCUAUAGACGGUGUCGCAUCGAGUAGUAUGAAUUUUGGAAAUGAUCAUACUAACAACUGGGAUAACUCGUCUUCUCAUAUCAGUUUCACCAUUGAUCAACCCGGGAAAAGGUCCAAGAACUCCGACUUUUUUACCUUAGAAACUCAGUUUAGCAUGCCGCAAACAUCUCUGGAAAUGGCGAGAAUGGAGAACUUGAUGAACAUCCCAGAGGACUCGGUGCCUUGUAGGGUUAGGGCCAAGCGUGGCUUUGCGACUCACCCGCGCAGCAUCGCUGAAAGGGAGAGAAGAACAAGAAUAAGCGGGAAGCUGAAGAAACUACAAGAACUGGUGCCCAAUAUGGAUAAACAAACGAGCUACGCAGACAUGUUGGAUUUGGCUGUUGAACAUAUCAAAGGUCUUCAGCACCAAGUAGAGGUGCGUCCUUAUAUAUCAUCAAUCUAUGUUGUGCAAAGUGACAUGUUCUCAAAUGGAAGAAAAGUCACUGGAAAAGGGAAUGGAGAGAUGUACUUGUGGGGCAUGCAAGAAGCGAUGAUCAUGAAUGAUAUGUUUCCAAGUAUGAGUUACAAAUAAAGUAUAGAAGAAAAGGAAACAAAGGAACCAGUUCAAAAGACAGAAAGAGAAACAUAGCAAAAAAAACAAAAACAAAUAUUUUGGAGGUAUAAAGAAAGAAUGAUGAUGAUGAUGGAUUGGAGUUAAUGAAGGUGGUUUUGUCACUCUCUCAUAUUAAGACUUGACCUUAAUUGUUAGCUUAAAAUUCCAUCAAUCGAUUUUUUUCUUCUUCAUCUUCUUCUUUAAAAUUGGUUAAUCUAAGCUUAGAGCAAAACCCAUUUAUUUGAGAUUCGAAAAAGAUGUGCCUUUGCGUGUAUAUAUAUAGCGACUCAAUCCUAAUUUUUUA